AUUCAAUAUCAUUGUGGUUGGUAAAAUGGUUGUUAUUUCGGUUAAUGUUUGCUUCUGGUGUCGUCAAACUGACCAGCGGAUGCCCAACGUGGUGGGGGUUGACAGCGUUGGACUGGCAUUACGAAUCACAAUGUAUUCCGACACCAUUGGCAUGGUUUGCCCACCAGCUUCCAAAUUGGUUUCAGAAAUUCAGUGUUGCAAUGACAUUCGUGAUAGAAGGUCCAAUUCCGUUUUUGUUCUUUGCACCAGUACGAUCGCUCCGUAUUUUGCUUUCUACCUUCAGAGACUGUAUGCAUCAGCAAUUGAAAUCAUUGUGUUACUAUAUUUCUAUAUCAACCUUUAUAUCUAG